AUGAACAGCUUACUACAAUGGAAUGCCGCUGUGAAGACUCUCCUUGGGUGGAGAAGAGCGGACGAUGAAGAGAAGUGGGCAGAAAAGGCAGUCGAAGCUUUGGUAAAGAAAUUAAAGAAAAGGAAAGAAGGAUGUGGAACACUAGAGGAUUUGGAGUUCGCUCUUGCUCAUCCUGGAGCAGCUUCGAGAUGUGUGACAAUACCGAAGAGUUUAGAUGGUAGAUUACAGGUUAAUCAUAGGAAAUCAUUACCGCAUAUUAUUUAUUGCCAAGUUUGGAGGUGGCCUGAUCUCAAAUCACAUCAAGAGCUUCGUGCGAUCCCUCAAUGUGCGUAUCCUUAUGAGAGCAACAGCAAAUCAUCCCAUAUAUGUAUAAACCCAUAUCACUAUAACAGAAUAGAGCAUCCCAAGCCGUGGUCAUAUGGAUCCUCCUCUUUUUCGAGCCCACAAUCCAUUUCAUCCCCUAUGUCAUUCUCCACAUCAUCCCCACCUAAUGCAACAAGUGGUUCAGCCAGUUCAGCUGGAUCUGACUAUGGAGCAGCAAGUCCGUCAGUCUUCUCUGAAGAUGGAGACACACAACCUCGACAGCUUCCUUCACCAAUAUCCAAACUGAUGCCCGCGCCUCAUUACUGGGGUUCUAUAAGUUAUUAUGAGUUGAACACAAGAGUGGGAGAAGUUUUCAAGUUUUCAAAUCCAACUGUAACAGUCGAUGGAUUUACGAACCCUUCAAACUCUGAAGAUAGAGUUUGUCUAGGAUUGCUCUCUAAUGUGAAUAGGAACACCACGGUAGAGAAUACGAGAAGACAUAUAGGCAGAGGAAUCGUACUUCAAUACAGUUCUAGCAACAGUUUGAUGAUUCGAAACUUAUCAGGAUCUCCUAUUUUCGUACAGUCAUGGAACUGCAAUAUUCUAAACAAUCAACAACAUUUGGCUGUCAUAAGAGUCCCUCAAAACGCUGUCAUCUGUGCUUUUGAUAAUAGUAUCUUCUAUGAGUCUUUGCAAGAUACGAGAAUGAGUGGUUCCAUUGAAAAGUUAUACUCCUUACAAACCAUGUGCUCCAUCAGAUUAUCAUUCGCAAAGGGUUGGGGUCCUGACUAUCCGAGACAAGAUGUAACUUCAACUCCUUGUUGGCUGGAAAUAAGACUUCAUGUCCCUCUAACUUGGAUUGAUCAAACAUUGUCCUCCGUUGGCCCACCAAGUCAUGACGCGACUUCGGUGUCCUAA